CCCCCCAACCUCCCCCAUUCCGCCUCCCCCUCCUCCUCCUUCGCCGCCCUCGAUGAUUACCAGCGUCUCUUCACCUCCCAGCCAGCGGAGUCCACCGACCCUAUCCCCCUCCUCCCCGCCGAAGGCAAGCUCCCCUCCGACUUCCCCCUCGGAACAUAUUACCUCGCCGGCCCAGGCAUGAUGGCCGACGAUCAAGGAUCCACCGUCAAUCCCCUCGACGGCCACGGAUAUCUUCGCGCCUUCCACUUCAUUGGGGGAGGAGUGGUUAUGUAUUCAGCGAGGUAUGUGGAGACGGCUGCCGCGACGGAGGACAGGGUGGUGGAGAGUGGGGAAUGGAGGUUCCGGCGACCGGGACCCUUUUCCAUGUUCAAAUCAUCAUCUUGGACAUCUCCGGUUUCCAACAUGCUGAGGAAUGUGGCAAAUACUACGGUGUUGAGGUGGGGCGGACGAUUGUUCUGUCUAUGGGAGGGAGGCCAUCCUUAUGAGUUGGAGCCGACGUCGUUGGAGACCAUCGGCCUGGCGGAUCUUAUCACCACGGCGGAGGAGCGGCAAGGAGGCGGCGCCGGCGCCGGCGCCGGCGGAGUACUGAAUCUAGUUGCCGGAAUUACUAAGCAUUUUUUUCAUGCAAUGCUGGGGAAGGAUUCGAAGAGAACUAUAUCACAUUACAAAGUCGAUGCGCAGAGAAACAGACUUCUUUUACUUUCCUGCGACACUGAAGACAUUUUUCUACCGCAAUCUAACUUCACCUUCUAUGAAUUUGACAGCAAUUUUGAGCUGCAGCAGAAGAAGGAAUUUCUCAUUACAGAGCAGCUGCUGAUCCAUGACUGGGCCUUCACUGAUUCCUACUAUAUAAUCAUGGGAAACCGCACCAAGACCGAUGUGAAAGGAACAUUGCUUGCAGCGGCUGGUUUAGCCCCAGCGAUAUCAAGUAUUUCAGUGAAUUCCAGUCAGCCCACAACUCCGAUUUACGUGCUUCCAAGAUUUUCAGACAACGCAAUAUUUCCGGGAAGGAACUGGACCAGAGCUGCAGUUGAAGCUCCUUGUCAACUCUGGACAAUGCAUAUGGGCAAUGCCUUUGAAGAGAAUAAUGUUGCAGGAAACAUACAGAUUAAUGUUCAGGCUUCUGUCUGCUCAUACCAUUGGUUCAGCUACAGAAAAAUGUUCGGGUAUGAUGAGCGAAGUUCAAAGCUGGACCCUACAUUUAUGAACCAAGAAAAAGAAAUGCUGCCCCAUCUAGUACUGAUAUCACUAGAAUUAGAUGGCAAGGGAUCAUGUAUCAGUUGCUCUGUUACGAAUUCUUCAACCAAAUGGAGAAAACCUUGUGAUUUUCCGGUGAUCAAUCCGAGCAACUCCGGCAAAGCUAACAGAUUCAUGUACGCCAGCUCAACCUCCGGCUCCACGGAGUUACUGCCACAUUUCCCUUUCGACACCGUGGUGAAAAUUGAUUGUUCUAACGGCGACGUCAGCUCAUGGAGUACAGAGAGCAGAAGGUUCAUCGGAGAGCCCAUGUUUGUACCAAAGAGUACUUCGGCAGGAGAUGAGGAAGACGGCUAUGUCGUCAUUGUAGAGUAUGCGGUUUGUAGGCACAGAUGUUAUCUGGUAGUGCUGGACGCAAGGAGAAUAGGAGAUGAUGAUGAUGCGGUAGUGGUGAAGCUGGAAGUGCCGGAACAGCUUACCUUCCCUUUUGGCUUCCAUGGAUUUUGGGAGGGAAAAUGAAUGCUUUUUGGACCAUACCACUCCCCGUGCUUAAAUUCAACGUCAAAUGUCGACACACACACACACACACACACACACACACACACACAUAUAUAUAUAUAUAU